AAAAAUUCUCUCUCUCUGCUUUUCCAGGUUGAGAUACUAUUAAGGGGAUUUACACGUUUACAAAGACAGGACAAUUCUUUCUUCAUUUCUGUAUUGGAAUCUUGCAAAACAUAUUAUUAUUAGCUGGCUUUUGUUUUUGAGUUUUGAGAUUUGCAUUAUGGGAACUACCUACACUUAUGAUGUCUAAACAUGUUUCUUCGGUUUGACAUGGUUUGAUUAUCCUCAGCUUGUCUUUUACAUCAGCAAGGAAGCGUGAUCAUCUCAGGUGAACUACUUUAUAACGGAAGAAGAAUCAUUAUCAAUCUGGAGAUAUUCCGAAAAUGGACUUAGCUUCCAAGAAGAACACAGCUAAUGUUGGCUCCAAGGAGGUAGACCCAAUCGUAAAACCUAAGUCGCCUCGUACAAGCCUCUCUCCAUUUUCACUUAAACUAGGAGACAAUGUUCCCCGAAACCCUCAUUUCGAUCCCAAGAAGAUGGAUCCUCUCGUCAAACAUCAACCGAUAAAGUCUCAUGAACCUCCCACCGCGACUAGAGGGACCAAUAGCGAGGGUGAUUUAAAGCAUAACACCUAUUCUAGCGAUGGUGAUAGCUUAGCAAUGCGGAAGAAUGCUCCUAAAAAUCUUCAUUAUGAUCCCAAAAAGAUUGUUCCUUUAACCACAUCUGAAACAUACUCCCCAAGCGCCAGAAAUCAUCACCACCACAGGACUAAGUCCCCAGACAACAAGAGAGCCCCUAGACAUAAUGGGGACUAUGCAUAUGGUGAUAACUUGGUAGGUCCAUCAGCUACACCUUUCAAGCCUCACACGGGAGGGGACGUGAGGUGGGAUGCCAUUAACUCAAUCGCUUCUAAAGGCCCUCAAAUAGGUCUCGACAACUUCAGGCUUCUGAAACGUCUAGGAAACAAGUUGCUGAGGGCACAGACCGAAAGAGAAAUCCUAUCCCUGCUUGAUCAUCCCUUCUUGCCGACUCUCUAUUCUUACUUUGAGACCGAUAAAUUCUACUGUUUGGUCAUGGAGUUUUGCAGCGGCGGAAAUCUCCAUUCACUCAGACAGAAGCAACCCAGCAGGCGUUUCACAGAAGAGGCCGCGAGGUUCUAUGCGUCUGAAGUGCUAUUGGCUUUGGAGUAUCUACACAUGCUGGGGGUUGUGUACAGAGACUUAAAGCCAGAGAACAUCCUUGUUCGAGAUGAAGGCCACAUAAUGCUCUCUGACUUUGACCUCUCCCUCCGUUGCACCUUUAAUCCGACCCUCGUUAAGUCCUCCUCAGUCUGCAGCGGAGGAGGUGCUAUCCUCAACGAGGAGUUUGCCGUCAAUGGCUGCAUGCAUCCAUCCGCCUUUCUCCCCCGCCUCCUCCCUUCCAAGAAAACCCGUAAAGCCAAAUCAGAUUCCGGCCUCGGUGGCCUCUCUAUGCCGGAGCUCAUGGCAGAGCCAACAGAUGUGCGGUCAAUGUCCUUUGUGGGCACACACGAGUACCUGGCUCCAGAGAUCAUUCGUGGUGAGGGACAUGGCAGCGCUGUGGACUGGUGGACAUUCGGGAUCUUCCUUUAUGAGCUCCUCCAUGGGACCACCCCGUUCAAGGGGCAGGGAAACAGAGCCACGCUGCACAAUGUAGUGGGUCAGCCGCUGAAGUUCCCGGAUACCCCGCAUGUGAGCUCAGCGGCACGUGAUCUCAUCCGUGGACUUCUAGUGAAGGAUCCUCACAGAAGGAUCGCUUACACGCGGGGAGCCACAGAGAUAAAGCAACACCCUUUCUUUGAAGGAGUGAAUUGGGCUCUAGUGCGUAGUGCUUCCCCGCCUCACAUUCCCGACCCUGUGGACUUGGGACCGUACGCGGCCACUAGAGGGAAGGCAAAGAGCCAUGGAGUUGGUGAUCACUGUAACUCAAUUAAGCCGGAGCCUCUGGUCGCCUGUGCUGCUGGUCCCACGGAUGAUACGGCCUAUAUAGAUUUCGACUGCCCAAAGAAGCCACCUCGUCUCACCUCGUGCGUUGUCAAUGUUGGAUUCCAAGAUAUCGCCGAGGUCAUCCACAACAAGGUACUCAUAGCUGCUGGGACUUCUGCUGUGAUUGGGCAGCUCUCAAAACCAUUCACUUCUGUGGUUUUGUAUGGGAAAAAUCUGGAAUUUAGAAGUGUCUUUCAAGCUGGAGGUUUCCCUUCAACACAUUCUUCUUCUGUUGUGGCUGCAGCAACUGCAAUUGCUUUUGAAAGGGGGUUUGCUGACUCCAUUUUUGGUCUUACUGUGGUUUAUGCUGGCCUUAUCAUGUAUGAUGCCCAGGGGGUGAGGAGAGAAGUUGGAAAACAUGCGAAAGUGUUGAACAAACUAACAGCUAAUGCUCGGAGAAGUGAAGUGAUGAGUUUAAAGGGCAACGAAUCUAAUAAGGCAUUGCAAUCAGACAAUAUCAGUGAAGAGGUUACUCCUCCAUUGAAAGAAUCAAUAGGACACACUGAAGUUGAAGUCAUAGCAGGAGCUUUGUUCGGUUUCUUAGUCACCUUCAGUGUUUAUUCUCUUAUCUACGCUCUUCAACCUUCUUACGCUGCUGCCUCCGCCGUAUCUCCAGCUCCUCCGCCGCAACAGCAGCCGCCAAAAACCGGUCUUUCCUCUCUUUACGGUUCUUCUGCUGACCAUUAUUUCCCCGAUACCACGUUUCGUUUCUUAGCUCGCGAUGGAUCCGAAGCUUUGAGCAACUAUUCAGGGACUCUUGCAUCGUCCUCCGCUAUGUACCACCAUUUGCCUAACACGACGGCAUCGCAUUUGGCGUAUCCGCAGCUGCUUCAGCAUCAGGAAGCAGCUUGGCCACCUGGUGUGGAGGUUCCAGGUGCUGCUUCCGCCGUCGAGCCACUUCCGCCUGGUGUCAAACGCACCUCUGAAGCGCUCUACUAUCCGACUCUGUUGGGUGCCCAUAAUACAAUUGGUCAAACCGAAGCUUGGUAUACUACAGACUAUUUUACCAAGCGCCCUAAGUUGGAGAGUACAAGCCAUUUGCCUAUAUAUCCACAGAGGGCAGGAGAGAAGGAUUGUACCCACUAUAUGCAAACAAGAACAUGUAAAUUUGGAGAUAGCUGCAAGUUUGAUCAUCCUAUUUGGGUUCCUGAGGGCGGAAUCCCAGAUUGGAAAGAGGCACCAGUUGUUCCAAAUGAAGAGUACCCUGAGAGACCAGGAGAACCAGAUUGUCCUUACUAUAUAAAAACCCAACGCUGCAAAUAUGGUUCAAGGUGCAAAUUUAAUCAUCCGAGAGAAGAGGCUGUAGUUAGUGUUGAAACCCAAGAUGCAUUGCCUGAGAGGCCUUCUGAACCUAUGUGCACAUUCUACAUGAAGACUGGAAAAUGUAAAUUUGGUUUAACAUGCAAAUUCCACCAUCCAAAGGAUAUACAGGUACCAUCAUCUAGUCAGGAUAAUGGUAGCAGUGCGGGGUUAACCAGUGAGCCUGAUGCCACAAACAAUCCGCAUGUCACAUUUACCCCAGCAUUGUAUCAUAACUCGAAAGGACUACCUGUUAGACCGGGCGAAGUGGACUGCCCAUUCUAUCUCAAAACCGGAAGCUGCAAGUAUGGAGCCACUUGUCGCUACAAUCAUCCUGAGAGGACUGCUUUUAUCCCCCAAGCUACUGGGAUAAACUAUUCUCUAGUUUCGUCGAACACUGCGAAUUUAAACCUUGGGAUGGUUACACCAGCUACCUCCUUCUACCAGACUCUUACUCAACCCACGCUUGGAGCGCUUUCAGCAACUUAUCCCCAAAGACCUGGACAAUCAGAAUGUGACUACUACAUGAAGACAGGGGAGUGCAAGUUUGGAGAGAGAUGCAGGUUCCAUCACCCAGCAGAUAGGUUAAGUGCAACGAGCAAUCAAGCUUCUCAACAACCAAAUGUAAAGCUGAGUCUUGCAGGGUAUCCCAGAAGAGAGGGUGCGCUGAAUUGCCCUUAUUACAUGAAGACAGGGACUUGCAAAUACGGGGCAACAUGCAAGUUUGACCAUCCUCCUCCAGGUGAGGUGAUGGCUAAGACCACUUCAGAAGCCGAUGCUGCUGGAACAACGGACACUACUCAAUGAGUUUCCCAGCUUUGUGUAAGAUAAGAUGAUAUCGUGUUGUAAUCUUAGUUUACUUGCUAUGUUGUGCAUCUGUUUCGUUUCAAAAUGCUUCUCGCUCCUGAGUUCCUCUUUAUCAUCCUAAAACGGAAAAGAAAAGGUUGAGUGAGCGAGUCUUCUUUUACUCAAUUGAGUUCAUAAAGGCAAAAUUGUUCC